GUAGAAAUUAUGCUCGUUUUUCAUCUUUCUAUCACUUGAAUUUGGGAUAAAGAUUGGCGCGAAUCGGCUACACCAAGCCGAUCAAGCGUAACACUACACUAUAAAUAAUUAUUAUGAAUUAUAAAUAUUACAAUGAAGAAAACUAAUCUUUCCCGCAAAACGAAUGCUGUUCGAGAUGCAAAACCAUCUCAGAAGAAGAUUUCGAUGUAUUUUACAAACGCUUCGAAGGAUGAAGUAUUUAAGGAUAAAGAUAGCAUCAUAAAUAGUAUUAUUGGGAACAGUACGUCGAGCGAAGGAGUAUGUAAGAAAAGAAAGUUAUCAGGAGAUUUAGAAUUGUUAGAGACUCGAAUGAAAAUUGUCAAAAGCGAUGAUACGUCUGAUGCAUACAACUCGAAUACUCUACACGAAAAAAACUAUGCAUUUACAAGUGAAUCGAAUGCAAUUUGUAACAUAUCCAGAGAUAAAAGAAAGUGUGUCAUUGAGACAUCCCCCAAGAAGAAUCUGACAAUAGGAAAAUAUAAGGAAAAUAUAGAUUUAGAUAGAUGUAAGAAUAUAGUGUACAAACAAAACGAGAAGAAAGUAGAACCUUUGAAUAUACAGUCUGUAAAUAAAAAAGAGAAUAGGACGAAUUCUGUGGAAAAUGAAUCCAUCAAUGCAUCAGAUUUUGCCUUAGAAACAUGUAUUAUGGAUAAUUUUAACGAUUGUUUUGAGGAAGAAUGGUGUGUAGAUAAUCAAAUAAAUUUCGAUUCUUUCCAGAGAUGCACGGUUACAGAUGUAAAGAAUGAAUACAGUAGUACUUUGUUAACAGUAGAACAAGAAGACUCUGCGUUAAGUGGAACCGUUAUGUGUUCAGGCUUUUGGAAAGACGUGAAGGUGAAGAAGUAUGAUAUCGUUGCGAUACAGGCAAGAAAAGAAUCUCGAUAUUGGGUUGUAGACAACACGAGUGGCUUUCUUGUUAUUCAUUCGGAUAUGUUAAUAUCUGGAACAACAGUGGUUUCUGGUUUGUUUUGUAGCAGAAAGGCAGUGCUAGCAGAGAAAUUUAAGAAACUGGAAUCUCUUCCUUAUUUUGAAGGAGAUCAAACGCCGUUAGUUAUAGGAAGCCUAGCUCACCAGUUAUUGCAGAAGGCAAUAUGCGAGAAUGUCCACGUAAUGUCGGACAUUACAAAGCUACUGGAUGAAAUACUGCAGUCCAAGGAGACUAUUAGUACCCUUUACGCGACAGAAAUUAAAUUUGACGAGUGUAGGAAACAGAUGCUCGCGUUUGUACCUAAAAUAUUUAAUUUCAUUCGACAUUAUUUAAAAGAUGAAAAGCAACAAGAGAUAAGUAACAUAAAAGAUAGUUUCAAGGGAAGAAUCACUCGUGUACGCGACAUAGAGGAAAAUAUUUGGCUCCCCAAGUUGGGAGUGAAAGGUAAAGUGGAUGUUACCGUAGAAGUUAGCCUGAAUUCCAAGCGGAAGUUGAUGCCACUGGAAAUAAAGACAGGUAAGCCUUCGUUCUCUUUGGAACACAGAGGUCAACUUAUUUUGUACAUCAUGAUGAUGGCUCUCACGGGUCAAGACACAGACACUGGUCUGCUAUUGUAUCUCAGAGAAAAUAACAUGCAAGAGAUCAAGUGUAAACAUCCUGAGAAAAGGGAUUUGAUAUUGUUGAGGAACACCAUAGCUAAUUACAUCGCUCCAAAGCUAGUGGACAAGUCAUUGGAGUUGACUUCCGAACCAGACUUGGAAAUGCUACAGUUACCAGAGCCGAUCAACCAUCACAGGGCUUGUUCGACGUGUUCCUAUAACGCGUUGUGUUGCUCUUACUUAAGCAGAGACCCGGAAAUUCAAUUAUCGGAAUCGCAUCCAUUAGCACAGCUCAGCAAACAGAUCUUGGAAAAGUUCAAACCCGCGCAUAUCGAUUACAUCAUAAAGUGGGUUUCGUUGUUGCAAAUAGAGGAAAACGCGCAAACCUCUGAUAACAUAACGAGAUACAUGUGGACGUUAAGUCCAGAAAAGAGGGAAGAGAAGAAACUUUGCAUAAGUAAUUUGAAAUUAAUAAGCAAAGUGGUCGAGCACAGCUCAAAGUACCAGCACACAUUCGGUCGUGGAGAUGUCGAUAUUCCAUACACGGAAUUUUCAGAGAAUGAAUAUGUGAUAGUUAGUACAGACACGCGGGUAAACGUAUCAGCAGGUUUCAUAAUGCACAUAGAAAAAUAUUCUAUUACCGUUUUACUAGACAGAGAUAUUAGCAAAUAUAACAUGAACGAGUCGUUGCACAUCGACAAGUACUCACACAGUACUUUGUUUUCCCUUAAUAUUGCCAACGUAGGUGGUUUAUUGGGCGAUAACGAAAUCUGUGCAAAAUUACGAGACAUUGUGAUAGAUAGGAAGCCAGCAACGUUCAGCAAAGGUGUACCACAUUCCAUCGUGCGGAAAAGUGCUGAGAUAAUACACGAGCUGAACGAAAAUCAGCAAAGAGCUGUUUUGAAAGCCAUGAGUGCCAAUGAAUAUAUCCUAAUCAAAGGAAUGCCAGGAACUGGAAAGACGCAAACAUUGGUGGCUUUAAUAAGCCUGCUAAACAAAACAGGAUACUCAGUUUUGAUUGCUGGCCACACAAAUGGCUGCGUUGAUAAUAUUUUAUUGAGAUUACUGGAAAAGGAUGUCGACUUCCUGAGAUUGGGGUCGUCAGCUGUCCAUCCAUUGGUGCAACAUAAAUCUGAGAGACAUAUGAUUGCGAAUUGUAACUCCGUUGAGAGUUUAGAAGCUGUUUACUCUAGCAAAAAUAUCGUUGGAGUGACUUGCGCUAGCUCUAAUCACGUUCUCCUAAGCAAAAGAACAUUCGACGUGUGUAUCGUAGAUGAAAGCGCACAAGCCUUACAAUCGUCCGUAUUGAGACCGCUGUACAGCGCACACAAAUUCGUUCUCGUAGGAGAUCCUGACCAACUACCUCCUAUCGUCAAGAGUAAAACAGCAAGAAAACUUGGCGCAGACGAAUCGCUGUUUUCUCGCCUGGACAGCGCGAAUAAUACCAUCACGUUAACAAAACAGUACAGAAUGAAUAAAAUUAUUAUGCGUUUGGCGAACAAGUUUACGUACAACGACGCUCUAGAAGUUGGAAGUGCGUCGAUAGAAAGCGCUACUUUCGCUGCAACGAACAGCGAAAAUUUGGCGAAAGAAGGAAAGUGGAUACAGCAAGCAUUGUCGCAGAGUAUACACGAUUCCGUAGUAUUAUUGAAUACAGGUUGCACGAGUGACAUGAAAAUGAGUAUCGAGUCCAGUGAUAAGUAUCUAGGAAGCGAUCAGAAACAUUCAAAUGUUUGGGAAGUUGCUGUAAUCAUGAAUCUACUGCAAGCUCUCUUUAAGAUGAACGUGGACCAUCGUAGUAUUGGAAUAAUUGCACCGUACAGGGCACACGUAAGCCUAUUGAAAGGCAUCGUUCCGAAUAGUAUCGAAGUGAACACAGUUGAUCAGUAUCAAGGACGUGAUAAGGAAAUUAUUAUUUACACUUGCGCGAGGAGUUCAUCUAGUAAUAACAUAAUUAACAAGGAUCUGGAAAUAUUGGGAGAUCAUAGGAGAUUAACCGUAGCUAUCACGAGAGCAAAGCAUAAGUUAAUUAUUAUCGCGGAUACGUCUACUGUAUCGCAGUACUUGCCGUUUAAGAAAUUGUUCAACUUUGUCGAGGACAAAAAUAUCAUAAAUUUACGCGAUUGCUGUGAUGACUUUUCAUGGAGAAAUGUUGCGACUUUAUUGCAAGGGCAUGCUUUUUAGGAAUGUCGAAACGAAGCAUGUUAUCGAUGUCUUAUGAAAUUGGAAUUCGAACGAUAUAUUUUACUCUAACAAAAACGAACAAUAUAUUACGUAUUUUUGUAAAAA